CCGUGGUAUAAAUGUGAGAAGCGUUGCGAUUUUGAUGUCACUCUUAGUUCCGUCUUGACUGUGGCUGGCACAGAGUAGUUCUUGUGGCGAGUCCUUGGAGCAGCAGAAUAAGGCGUAGGAGUGACGCCAUGUUGUGAAAAGUGUCUACCAUUUUUAUUUACACACAACUAACAAUAAAGAAAUAUAUAUACACAAGAGAAUAACAAAGUAAAUACUGAGCAAAAAAUUGCAACACAUUUGUGAGCGUGAAAACUGAAAAAACAUAACUACAGGAAAAGUGCAAAAUUUUCACGUUGAAAAUUCCGAAAGUGAAGCUUGUGGGCGUCCAUUGAUUUGUUUGCUGGCGCAUUAAAGAUGUUCGUCCACUCAUUCGUUGCCUGCCUGGGGCUACUUGCCUCAGUCCAUGCAACGCCGCAACAUGCCGCAUUCUCACUCCAAGCGGCUGUCGAUGAACUGCAUCGCCGUGAGGCUGCCAAGUAUCCGCUGAAUGCACCGCCUCCCUCGACCCACUUUGGUGCGGAUCCACUGGACGACUGGGAUGAAGAAAGCGAUUUAUUUGGCACUGGCAACAAGUUUAAUAAGAAUCGGAAUCGCCAUAGAAUAAAUAAGGCAAUUGCCAAGUACUUAGAGCGCGAUAAUGAUAAAAGCUAUGACUUGGGCCUUGUCUCACCCUUUUCGGGUUAUCAAUACGGUGAUGAACGCGACCAGCAAACGAGUCCAAAUUUCAAUUCCAAUUCUAAUCUCUAUGUGGAUGAGAAACGUAAGCGUUCAUCGUCGCCCUUUAGGGAACGUGACGAGCAAUUCGAGACUCCGGUUGCCACUCCCGUUGGCGGCUCAUCCGUCUUCCGUGAACGUGAGAGUCUGGGCAACAAUGGGGAUCAUCCAGGGGGAGAUGCAGCCAGUCAUAGUGAACUAACCGAGCAAUUUCUGCGCGAGAUUGAGGAGGCCAGUGAGCAUGAGCGUCAGGAUCGUUACAAGGCCGCAUUGAGGCAGCUGUGGGAGAAGUAUCAGCAGCAGGAGAACGAGCUGCUUACCAAUGGGGAUGAGCAGGAGGAGCAGGAGCAGCAGCUCUUUGAGCAGAAGAAACGCAUGAGGGUGCCACCAUAUUAUCUGCUCAUGCAGAAGAAACGCUCGUAUCCCGUGCUCCCCUGGCUGCCCUACAAUGCCGACAAGAAGAAGCGUUUCCCGGUGGCCAAGCGAGCGGUGGCCGAAUCCCCCCUGGUCAAGACGGAUGAGCGUGUUGCCCAGGAGCUGAGUGAACUCUUUGGCAAACCCGUCAACGAGCAACAUCCAGAGGAGAAGAAGAAGCGUUCUACGGAGGAGCAGCUGAAAUCCGCGUCCACAACUCAUCAACCGGAGACAGCAGCCACGGCCACUGCAUUGGGUGACAUGCGUCUGGAGAUCAACUUCCAGCGGGUGAAUGUGACCAAUGCAGCUCCCAAGGAGGCGCCAACAUCGGCACCCGCCAAGGCAGCCGGCACGGGGGAGAUGGUGAUGCACGGAGGACAUGCUGGACACCAUCGCAAGCGGAGUGAGCAUCAUUCGGAUGAGGAAUACGGCGAGCAUGACGAGCACGAUGGCGAGGGUGAAGGCGAGGAGAGCUCCGAUGAGGAUGAUCACGAUGAGUUCGACGAGGAUGAUGAGACAGAGGGCGAGGGGGAGGGCGAUGCCGCAGAUCGUCGACGCAAGAAGAAGCGUGCUGCCACCGCCAAACAUAUGCAUGGUCCAAGUGUUGGUCACCUGAUGCUCCGUGCCAAGAAAUCCAUCGAUUGGUCCCAAUACUUUGGACUCGAUCGAAAGAAAAAGUCCGAGCAGCUGUCAAAUUCCUCCUCGAAGAAGGACAACAACAACAACAACAAUGAGGAUGUGGAGGAGGAGAAGAAGAAGCGCGACAUUGACCCCGAAAAGUUGGAGAGCAUGGACAAGAAGUUGCAGUCCAUUGAGGACUUUAUCAUUGAUGAGACCAUCAAGUAUACGGGUGCCCAUGAAGGAAUCAACAGUCAGGAUGAGAUCCGUAAGCUAAAGGAGCAUGUGCUGUCCCGUUUGGCUACCGCCUACAGUCUGGAGAAGAUGCGUCGUGCUCUGGACAAGCUGCGUCAGUCGGUGGAUGUCGAAAAUCAUCUGUUGCGCAAUGUCAUUGAGCCCGAGUCGGAGGAGAACUCCCUGGAUGAGCGCUGGUCAUCAAAGAAACGCUACAGCGUCAAGAAGGAACAGGCCGAGGAGCAGACUGAGGACUCGCAGCAGUCAAAGAAGAAGCGCAGCGGGUAUAUGCGUUAUCCGGAGCCACCAAACAACAUGGAUGAGACACUGAGCUUGAGUGGAUCAAUCUACGAGCCAUUGAACGAUGCCUAUCUGGGCAACAAGAACUACAUCAUUGGCUCCAAUCAAUGUCCAAUUAUUGAGUCCAUGGCGGAGCGUUGUCGCAGCGUUGACCUUAUCUCCGGUGACCUCAAUCAGGAGCUUCUGCCGCUCUGUGGUGUCCAUCAGAUUUGCUAUCUCUGCGGUACCUCCCAAGUGGCUUGCGAUUACCAGUAUCUGGCCGAGGCGGACUCCGUCUGUGGCAGCAGCAAUGAUUGCCAGGCAGCGGCGCGAUCCGUGUUGAUGAUUCUACGUGGUACACCGGGUAGACAGCUGGGACCACGUGAGUGCUUGAAGAAUCCGUGCUUGUAUCGAGCAAUGCGCGAGAUCGGCCUUUAAAUGAGCUGAAGUUCGCUUUCUUAACGUCCUUUUGUGUGCGUUUAAAAAAAACUCAACAAAUCUACUAAAAAUCAUAAACAAAGAAACUUUGCUGAACUAGCAAAUCAAAUAUUUGAUUCAAAAUAUAUAUGAAAAUAUUAAAUAUAAUAAAAAAUUAAAAUAUUUGGAUACAUUUUACUGUUGCAUAGACAGAGGCUACAGUUUCACCAAGAGUUUAUUAGAGAGACCUAAACAGAAACAGAAUUUGAAGAGACGAAGAUAAACCCAUUACAAAUACCAUAUCCAUAGACAUAACCGAACCAUAUUUGUAUUUCUAUAAUCCAUAUGUACUCCAUAGUUAUAUUGAUUUUUCGCCAAGCAGUAGGCACCCGAUAUAGUCCUAAUCCUCGUCUAUAUGUUCAUUUUUGGAACACAUAUUUAAUCAAUCAAUAUACUAGUAUAUUAUUAUAUAUAUAAAUAUAUGUAUACAACAAUAUACAAGUAUUAUCGAGAAAUAUUUAAAAAUCGUAUUCGUAAAUGUAUUGGCUAUUAUUAUGUGUAAACGUUCCAAGAAAUGAUAAAUGCAAUUUAUGCGUAAACAAAUGAAACCCACACAAAAAGGCAGCUUUUGAUUAUGACCCAUUAAAUGCUUAAGAGACUAGACAGGCAACAACAACAAAAAUUAAAUUUUUAAAUAUAGUUUAAACAAUUGUAGAGACGUAAUUUACGCGCUAUGCAAGAGAAGACACACAGAAGGAAAAUCAAAAAAAAA